ACUGCCCCUGGGCUGUUGUAGUGUGGCGCCUCAGUUCGCUGGCUGCAGUGGCUCAGUUGGAUAUCUCUAACCCAAGAGAGUGGCUCUAUGAGGCUCACCAAAUUCUUACUCCUGAUGACUACUCCCUCUUUCUUAUUCUGUGCUGGCUUGUUUGGAGAAAUAGAAAUAUUAGGAUCUUCGAGGAUGUAGUGCAAGAUCCCUCGAAAGUGAGCGAGUAUGCUUGA